GCACAAGCAGAUUUCAUUAAAGGCCGGAACAGAGCAGACAGAAAAGUUUAUUGAAGCGUUUAAAGAGAAAUGUCCCUUCAGUAUUGAGUGUGGUCUUCGGCUAGCAGAGAAAUCCCAGACUGCAGUGGUCAGACACUUUGGCUUGCAAAUACUGGAACAUGUGGUCAAGUUUCAGUGGAAUAACAUGUCACUGCACGAAAAGGUCCAGUUGAAAAACUGCGCAAUGGGAUUGGUAUCAAACAUGAGCAUCAUGGAAAUGUAUUUCUUAAAAAUCUUUAUGCAUGCUCUAAGGAGAUUUCUUUCUCACGUGUGUUGUAUUCCGUUUCAGGGUGUGCAUCCGAUUUUGGAGGAGGAAUGUCACAUUAAGGAUGCCCUGUCACGAAUAGUAGUUGAGAUGAUUAAAAGAGAGUGGCCACAGCAAUUGCCUGAAAUGCUCACAGAGAUGGUGGAGCUGACCGCUUUGGGGCAUGUUCAGACAGAACUUGUGAUGCUUGUCCUGCUGCGGUUAGCUGAGGAUGUGAUCACGUUUCAGACCUUACCUAUUCAAAGACGGCGAGAUAUCCAGCAUAGCCUUACCCGCCUUGUUCUUCUCUCUUUUCGCAGGCUAGGAACGCUCACAACCCGGACAACCGGCAGAAAGUGGCAAAAUUUAUGUCGGUUGUUCGAGGAGGCGUUGGUGGGGGUGUCGCCGUCUAAGCCGGCCGAGGAGCGGCAGCCAUCGAAGAGGCGGGCCAAGUCCAAACACGGCGGGAAGGCCAAGCGUGCAAAAAGGGCCGCCUCUCCGCCAGACUCCCCGCCGUCGACGAGCGACUCUGAGGAGGAGGCCGUGCAGUAUCAGGAGUCGGGGGUGUCCUCGCUCGAGUCUCCCUCAAGCUUGGAAGAGUACCCCAGCCACCUCAAGCCUGGUGGCAGCCUCCUCCUCCGAGCCUUCGGCCGUGCCGUCCCCGGCGGGGUCGUCGGAACCCGCAGCCCAGGAGCCGGCCGCCUCCAAGCCAGACUCCUCCGAGCCCGCCUUGGAGACCGCCGCCUCAGAGCCCGCUGCCUCCGAGCCUGCCACGUCCAAGCCGGCGACCUCCGAGCCGACGGCCCCCGAGCCGGCGACACAGCCUAAAAGAGUUGUCAGGACCACCAGGAGGAAACCCAUGGUGGUCCUGUCACCUCUGAAGGUGUCGCCGGCGAAGGGGUCACCGGUGAGGAGACCUAGUGCGUCUUACCAACUGUCCGGCUUGGCCAAAGCGAGUCGUGCGCGGGCUAAGGUGCAGCGGGCACUAAGGGAAAUGAAAAAAAUAGACAUUUGAAUAUUUUGUGUUGAUUUGUCAUAUGUGAUUUUAAUCCGUUCAAAUAAUAUGUUUUUAAUCAGUUCAAAUAAUAUGUUUUAAUCAGUUCAAAUAAUAUGUUUUUAAUCAGUUCAAAUAACGUGUUUUUAAUCAGUUCAAAUAAUGUGUUUUUUAAAUCAGUUCUAUUAAUGUGAUAUAUGUGUUUUUGUUAUUAAUAAACGUUCAAAUGUUCAAUUGUCUGACUUGUCCUCAUUUCUGGUUUUGAAUAAAUUACAGGUACAUUAAAAAAUUUAAACCAAGAUAGAUUUAAUUAAACACUCACAUUUAUUAUUAAUAAAUACAUUCAUUAGAAACGAAUCCAAACGAAAACACAUAAGAAAAACUAAUCUGAAACAAUAAUUAAACAGUUAACGAAUUAAAAACACUUGAAAACCAACAAAUAACACUUAAAGACUAAUCUUGAGUGAAAGGUAAUAAGCCUUUGGCCAAAAGAAAAUUAAUAACGUCAAAAACUUGAUAGAAUAACGUUAAGAGAGAGCGCAACUGAAAACUAAAUUAAAAAUCCAUCGUAACUUUGAAAAAAAAAAACGUAAACACAAACCCGGAAGUAAACGGCGCCCGAAAAAUAAUUAAUUUCAACGUAAAGACAGCUUAAUGAAACGUAA